CAUGAAUUCACAUAACAAUGUGUGGCAUCUGUUGUUCCGUAAGCUUUUCUCUGGAGCAUUUCAGGGAAGAUUUGGAAAAGGAUUUACUGUGUAAUCUUAAAAGACGGGGACCUGAUAGUAGUAAGCAGUUGUUAAAGUCUGAUGUUAACUACCAGUGUUUAUUUUCUGCUCACGUCCUUCACCUGCGAGGUUUUUUGACUGCCCAGCCUGUGGAAGAUGAAAGAGGCAAUGUGUUCCUGUGGAAUGGUGAAGUCUUUAAUGGAAUAAAGGUUGAAGCUGAAGAGAAUGACACUCAAAUUAUGUUUAAUUACCUUUCCUCUUGUAAGAAUGAAUCUGAUGUUCUGUCAGUCUUCUCAGAAGUUCAAGGUCCUUGGUCUUUUAUAUAUUAUCAGGCAUCUAGUCAUUAUUUAUGGUUUGGCCGGGAUUUUUUUGGUCGCCGUAGCUUGCUUUGGCAUUUUAAUAAUUUGGGCAAAAGUUUCUGCCUCUCUUCGGUUGGCUCCCAAACAUCUGGAGAAGCAAAUCAGUGGCAGGAAGUUCCAGCAUCUGGGAUUUUCAAAGUUGAUCUCAAGUCUACUGCCAUUUCUAGACGUAUGGUUUUAAAAUUGUAUCCUUGGAAGUAUAUUUCUAGUGAGAAUGUUAUUGAAGACUCUGUUAAUAACCUGACUCAAAUUUCAGCAGACUUACCAACUUUUGUAUCAGUGACAAUAAAUGAGGCCAAACUAUACCUUGAAAAGCCUGUUGGUCCUUUAAAUAUGAUCUUGCCCCAAGCUCCACUGGAGACGCAGUGCAGUAACAUUUCCAGUGACCUGCCUAGGAGAGAAACACUUCAGAUCUUUCUUUCCGAUAGACACACAAAGGAAGUAAUUCAGCAGUUCAUCGAGGUCCUGAGUAUUGCAGUCAAGAGACGUGUCUUGUGUUUGCCUAGAGAUGAAAACCUGGCACCAAAGGAAGCUUUGAAACCUGGUUGUAGGAUGGCAAGCGUUGCAAUCCUGUUUUCUGGGGGCAUUGAUUCCAUGGUUAUUGCAGCCCUGGCUGACCGUCAUAUUCCGGUAGAUGAACCCAUUGAUCUUCUUAAUGUAGCUUUCAGGACUAAAGAACAGACUGUGCCAGCUAACCUUAACAAAAAAAGGAGUAAACAGAAAAAUCAUUGUGAAAUCCCUUCUGAGGAAUCCUCUAAAUGUCUUACUGCUGAUGAUGAUAAACUAUUCAGUGUUCCAGAUCGAAUCACAGGAAGAGCAGGACUAAAGGAACUACAAGCUCUUAACCCUUCUCGAACUUGGAAUUUUGUUGAAAUUAAUGUUUCUCUGGAAGAACUGCAGAAAUUAAGAAGAACUCGUAUAUGUCACCUAGUUCAGCCCUUGGAUACGGUUUUGGAUGAUAGCAUUGGCUGUGCAGUUUGGUUUGCUUCCAGAGGAAUUGGUUGGUUAGUGACUCCGGGUGAAGUGAAAUCCUAUAAGAGUAAUGCAAAGGUAAUUCUCACUGGAAUUGGUGCAGAUGAGCAACUUGCAGGUUAUUCUCGGCAUCGUGUCCGCUUUCAGAAGCAUGGGCUGGAAGGUUUGAAUAAGGAAAUAAUGAUGGAAUUGGAUCGAAUUUCUUCUAGAAAUCUUGGUCGUGAUGACAGAGUUAUUGGUGAUCAUGGAAAAGAAGCAAGAUUUCCUUUUCUGGAUGAAAAUGUUGUCUCCUUUCUAAGUUCCCUACCAGUUUGGGAAAAGGCAGACUUGACUUUACCCCGUGGAAUUGGUGAAAAACUAAUUUUACGCCUUGCAGCUGUGGAACUUGGUCUCACAGCCUCCGCUCUUCUGCCAAAACGGGCCAUGCAGUUUGGAUCUAGGAUUGCAAAAAUGGAGAAUAAUAAUGAAAAAGCAUCUGAUAAAUGUGGACGACUCCAAAUCGUUUCUUUAGAAAAGGAGAUUAACUCCUAAUAUUAAACAGUGUAACACUAGUUACUGAAUGACAGUUCUAUAAAAAUAUAAUACUCUUCUGCUUUAUUAUUGUAUAAUGUAGUGGUUUUAAAGUUCAUUACAUUAAUUUUUGCUUUUCUGUCACAGACCUUAUAAAACUGGUAGAAUUACCUGAAUGAUA